AGACACUUCAACAUCCCGGAAACUGACGCACAAUUCGGGCAAAACAUUUUCCACCGGCUCCGUCUCUUUGUCCAUCCUCCUCCGUGUAGAAGCAACAUCCACAACACCACCAUGGCCAAUGUUGCCGAUACAAGACUCUAUGACAUUCUUGGAGUUUCACCGUCCGCAACUGAAAAUGAGCUGAAGAAGGCAUACCGGAAACUGGCAAAAGAGUAUCACCCUGACAAGAACCCAGAUGCUGGUGACAAGUUUAAAGAGAUCAGCUUUGCUUAUGAGGUUCUAACGAACCCCGAAAAGAAGGAGCUGUACGAUCGGUAUGGAGAACAAGGUUUGCGGGAAGGAGGCGGAGGUGGCCCUGGGAUGGACGACAUCUUCUCCCACAUCUUUGGUGGUGGACUCUUUAGUUUCAUGGGUGGACAAGGAAGCCGCUCCAGAAAUGGGGGUCGAAGGAGAGGCGAGGACAUGGUCCAUCCACUCAAAGUCUCACUGGAUGACCUUUACAAUGGGAAAACAACAAAACUACAACUUAGCAAGAAUGUACUGUGUAGCGCUUGCAAUGGACAAGGAGGCAAGACGGGCGCUGUACAGAAAUGUACGCCGUGUAGAGGGCGUGGCAUGCGCAUCAUGAUCAGACAGCUGGCCCCAGGGAUGGUCCAACAGAUGCAGUCUGUGUGUACUGAUUGUAAUGGUGAAGGUGAAGUUAUCAGCGAGAAAGACCGGUGUAAAAAAUGUGAAGGCAAAAAGGUUGUGAAGGAGGUGAAAAUUCUAGAGGUACACGUAGACAAAGGCAUGAAGCACGGGCAGAAAAUUACCUUUGGAGGAGAAGCUGAUCAGGCACCUGCCGUUGAGCCUGGAGAUAUAGUUCUUGUUCUGCAGGAAAAAGAGCAUGAGACUUUUAGACGAGAAGGAAACGACCUCUUUAUGACCCAUAAGAUUGGGCUGGUGGAGGCGCUGUGUGGCUUCCAGUUUAUGCUAAAGCAUUUAGAUGGAAGACAGAUUGUUGUCAAGUACCCUGCAGGAAAAGUCAUUGAACCAGGCUCAGUCAGGGUGGUGCGGGGAGAGGGCAUGCCACAGUACAGAAACCCUUUUGAGAAAGGAGAUUUGUUUGUCAAGUUUGAUGUCCAGUUUCCUGAAAACAACUGGAUCAGCCCAGAGAAACUGUUGGAGCUGGAGGACAUGCUGCCAUCACGGUCGGAGCCACCCAUCAUCACCGGGGACACGGAGGAGGUGGACCUGCAGGAUUAUGAUGCCAGCCAAGGCUCAUCAUCUGGCGGCCGCAGAGAGGCGUACAACGACAGCUCUGACGACGAAAGCGGUCACCGCGGACCAGACGUGCAAUGUGCCCAUCAGUAAUCUCCUAUCUGAAAGGCCUUGGUAGUUCCUCAGACACAGAACAUUGUGCACCUUGUAAUUGUUAAUGUUAUUUACUCAAGUGCUGAAUCAUUUGAUCUUUGUCUGAGGAACUCACAUGAUGGGGUAGCCAGACUAUUACACGGCACCAAGAUAAACAUGAAGAUGUAUAGAAAUAAGAUGCCCCGCCCACUUAUCUUCAUCUCCCCUCCUGUCCUUAUGCUCCUCUGUCAGAUCCUCUCAUUUAAUGAGAGCAUCAGAAGACAAGAUGAAACAAAAGCUUCUUGAUUGCAGAGUGUGACUUUUUGUUUUGAAAGUAUUUACAUUAAUUUAAGAACUAACCAGACAAAGCAGCUGAACAAUGUGACAUCAUGAAUAUUUGUCAUUGAUUCAUGGACUCAUCUAGUCAGCAACAUCUGUAGGUGUCGUUUCUGAUUUUUACACUUUUGUUUGUUUUGUUUUAUGUUCAUUUUCUUCCUAUACAUUUUAAUUCCAAGAGAAAUGUGGUUGUGUAUAUCAUUAAAGCAGUAUCGGCUGCUACAGCCUGGUGUGAUUUUUGAAAAAAUCAUUAGUGAAAUGAGAAAAAAAAUGCUGUAGUCAGUUUUUUUUUUUUUUUUUGCUAAGACCAUGUGCAUGUCAAAAGCUUUGGUUCUUGCACUUACCAAACAAUGAGUAAAGCAGCACUCUUCCUAAGAAAUGUCUAUGGAGUUGUUGAAUAAACUGUUGAAAUAUCA